GGCGGGAAGACAUCCCGACAUGAGCCCGCUCCCCGCCCCGCUCUAGGACCAUAUCUGCACCGUCCGGUUCCUCGGCCACACGAAUCUCCACGCGCCCGGGAAGAAAACAUUGCCACCACCUCCGGCCGCUCCGCUCUUUCCUUUCAACCGGAGCGACGAGAGUCGAGAGACACGAGGUGCCGCAAGAGAAAGGGGAAAUCGCAGUUAUCAUCGGGGAAUCCGACCCCAAGCAUCGAACUGCUUUCGUGCCGUCGGCUCGUUCCCGGCAUGUAGCUGCUACUUGUCAGCUUUCAAAGGUUUCUGCAUCUGCAUGACGCCUAAUCUACAUUGUUAAAGGUUUUCUGAUGGAUGGUGAUAAGGUGAAGGAAUCAGCUCCGGAUUGUGCGUCCGGUGCAGCAGAGCCAACCAAGAAGCAGGAUAAGAGGAAACGUGCCUAUGCUGAAUUUGAUGUGGUGGACAAGAAAUCUGUAUCUGCUGAAUGGCAGCAAGAAAUGGAUGCACUGUAUAAAUACUACAAGGAGGUUUCUGGUCAUCAGCUGAACCCAGAGGAGCUUUCAUGCACCACAAAUGACUCUAUUAUAGCAUGCUUGCUGGAGGAGAGCAGUCUUUCUUGUGCCAAGUUAACAGAUGGAAUCUACAAGAGGAUGAAGCUGCAAUAUGGUGUCACUGAGUCUUCAGUGCGCACCUCAGUACUCAACAUUGGUAGGAGAUCUUCAUAUGGGAUUUCUGCUAUGGAUGUCAAUGGUCUGGAGGAUGAGUCGGAUUCAAGCCUUUGGUGUUGGGAGACAGAAGAUUUGGCAUUAUUACCCUUGCAUCUACGUAGUAGUUUGAGCAUUCGACGCACAGCUCGGAAAUUAAUCCAUAAAAGGAUUCUGGUUCUUUCGGGCAAGCUGGCUACCAAAGAUGCCAGUAAUGCUUGUAGCAACCAGAACAGCCUUAUGGAAAAUGCUGGGGAAGCGCUAGAUCUAGAUGAGAUUCGCUCUAUCAUUGAGUCAAAACACAAGAAUGAUGAUGACAUUAAAACGGAGGCACAAGAUUUCCAAGCCAUCAGGAAAGCCGUGAAGAAACAGCAAAUGAUGGUGGGGCAUAUUCAAACUGAGAAAAAUAAGAAAGAACGGGAACUUAGGCAUAUCUAUGAGAAAACUGAGAGAGAAGCAAAACGCAUCGAGAGAGAAAAUAAGCGGCUAAAGAAGCAUCAGGAAGAAGAAGAGAGGGCAAAGAAAAAGAAGGAGAAGGAAGAGGCUGAGUUGAAAAGGAAGGCUUCGAUUCAAAAGCAAGCAAACCUCAUGGAACGUUUUUUUAAAAGAAAGGCGGAUAGCAACAUAGGAAGUUCAGAUAGUCACCACAUGGAGAGGACUACAUGCUCAAAAUCAACAGGAAACAUUGAAGAACUUGCUGUUGCAGCUACGUCAGCAAUGGAUUGUACAUUAUGUAAAGAAAAUCAUUUGAGCAUGGAGGAACUCCGGAUGAUACAUGUUGCAAAAUGGAGGACACUCUUUCAACAUAACAGAUUGCGCCAUUGGGGUGUUAGGAGAAGUCCUAAGAUUCAGUUGUUUCUUGAGCUAAGGCUACAAAAGCCCUCUACGCCUAUAGCUUCUGAUAGUAUGUCAACUCCAACAAAAGAACAGUCAUCCCUAGAGAGCACAGGAAACCUUGAUAUCACCAAGCUUCUGGAUGAACUUGAGAUACCAUCUCGUUCUCAGAAUAGCACAUCGUCUUCAGUUUUGCUUGUGAAGAAGCUUCUGCAGUUUGAUAAUAGCUCUAGGCCAGCAUACUACGGUACCUGGAGAAAGAAGAGUUCUACAGUUAGCGCAAGGCAACCCUUUCAGAGGGAUGAAGAACUCAAUUAUGAUGUUGAGAGUGAUGAAGAAUGGGAAGAGGUGGAUCCUGGUGAUCCUGGUGAAAGACUCUCUGAUUAUGAGGAAGAUGAUGAGAAAACCAUGAAUGAACAUGAUGCCAUGAUUGAUGCAGAAAAGGAAACUGAGAACAGUUUCAUAGUGCCUAAUGACUAUCUUUCAGAUGAUGAGGGCAUGCAAUGUGAGUCUGUAUGUGUCAGAUUUGAUGGAAUCAGUAGCCUGCUGAGCAUCCCUGGGGUUACAGUUGAGGAACUUAAUGCUCUACUGCAAAGGCAGAAAGCUCUUCAUAUCAUCACGGAGCAUGCUCUCAAAAUAGACAGACCUCUAGUCAUAUGUAACCUGGAUCAUAGGAAACUUGGCCUGCUGAAUGCUGAAGGUAUCACUGGAAUGCUGAAGAUGGAGAAAAUCUGUUUGCAAGCUCUUUGUAUGAAGAAAUACCCUGGCAGCCCCAUCAUUGAUGUGCCUGUGGUUAAUACGACCAUUGAGGAUGGAUUUUGCCGAUCAAACAAAAAGAGCCCUAGAACACCCGUAUCAUCCAAAGCCAUUUCAGAAUCAGACAUGCCUGAAUUUGGAGAGUCAAACUGGUGGAGUUGUUACAUGAGACAUUUCCAUAUGUCUCCAAGGCACGACUUAAGAACAAAGUUGGGGAGAUUGCUGAGUUUACCAAAAACCGGUGGCAGGUCUUCUGCAUUUUACACUAAUUCUCCCUGGACAGCCAUUGCUAUAUUUUGUCCAUGCCAAAUAAGGUAUCAUUUUGGGCAGGUUAAGCAGGAUAUCUUGGAUCGGUACAAUUUAUCUCUUUCUCCAGAUAAAGGUGAAGGCCUGAAAUGUGCAGCAUCGUGCUGCUCCCAGCAGUGCCAGCCACCCAAUGAGUCAGGUAAUACAGGCGAAUCUUCUUCUCCCCAGUGCUCCCUGAAAUCCGAAAUGGUCAGGCAACAACUCGGCGCACAAGGGUCAUCACAUGGCAGCGCACGGCACCCGAGCACCAAGAUGGCAGGCGGGCAGUAAGACUUGUAGCACUGCGCAUGUACAUUUGCCUGUUAGGUUAUAAAAUGUACUAUAGUAUAGUAAUGUAGUUUCAGUAUGUAGAAGCCUAGAAACCAGCAAGCAGCAGGGGCCGAAGCCUGUUUUUGUGUAGCUCAGGCAGUUUGUGAUGAAUGGUUCCCCCCUGCCUCCCAUGUAAAUUCACACUGCUUCCUGGUGUUGUUACACACCUCAUAUGCGUUUAUGUGCUUGUAUAGCAGUGCACUGUGCACGAGGUGUUCGCGCUACUGCAGUCAUCUAAAACCUUCGUAGAUAUUAUUGCUGUCACUUCCAGAAUACUAAUUUGGGCCUAACUCUUAGAGAGCAAUC